ACUCCCACGGUAAUCAAUAUGGCGCCUCUGGUGUCUUUUGGCCUUAAAUUUUUAUGAAAUGUUUUAACUUAUAAUCGUCUUUGCCAAAGCGUUGUCUUUGAUCAAGAAUAGACGAGAAACUAAAAUGUAAUCGUUUCUAUUAUUUGAAAAGCUAAGUGAGACAUGAAUGACAGGAAAAGGGGGAAAAGAAGACACGAGAAUGAUUCGAGUACCUCAAGUUCUGAUGACGAAGAGUUGCGAAAAACUGCAAGAAAAACUUCAGAAUCACAGCAAGUUGCGAAAGAGAGAAAAAAGAAAUCGCGACAUGAAAAACGGACUAGGAGAGAGAGUAGUUCAACAAGUGACAGUGGCGACGAGCGCUCUCAUAGCAGUGAUCACGCAGGGAAGAAAAAGAAAAGAAAAACUACGCGUGAAAAAGACAAGGCGAGGAGAAAAAAAGAAAAACGAAAGAGGAAACGUGAAAAGGAGAAAAAGAGUAAACGAAGCAGGGCGAGACAAGAUGAAAAGGCUGCUGUCAGGAGCACUGAGAAAGAUAUUGCCGUAAACAUUGAUCCAACACAAGCAGUAGAAAUAUCACAAAAGCCAGUUUCAGCCGACUCUGGAUCUGCAACAGUCACAAAAAAGAGAUCCAUGGUUCCCAUGACAAAGGAGGAGUAUGAAAAACAGCAAGCCCAGGUUAGGAGGGUGUAUGACCCAGACACGGGUAGACACAGGCUUGUCAAAGGGACUGGUGAGAUCUUAGAAGAAAUUGUGAGCAAAGACAGACAUAAAGCAAUCAACAAGACUGCUACUCAAGGUGAUGGAGCAUUUUUCCAAGCUAGUCUUGGUCUUAAGGAUAAAUAGAACUUGGAGGAUCUAUGUGCAGCAACAUAAAAGAAUGGACAGAAUGUAAAAAUUGUAUUCUCAUAUACUGAAUGUCAUUAUUUUGCCACAUAAGAAUGCAAGAAUGGAUAAAGACUAUAACAUCUCCCCUUACAGAUUUAACUGAUAAGAAGAAAUAAGGCAUACAUGUAUGUUUAGUUCAUCACACAGCACUUAUUAUUUUCUGUUUGUGGAAAACUAUGAGUGAUAUGUGUCGUGUGACAAGACUAGCUGCAAGUUAAUAUUUUAAAGUCUGACAUUUUGCAGAGGAGGAGCCUGGGGAUCUUGUUCAGACAAUGUAUACACUUAAGUGUGUUUGAAAACAGAAAACAGAUUUCAAAUUUACACUCGUCCAUGGUAUGAACAUCUUAUUGGAUAUACAUUCAGUGCAAGAAGGCCCUGCAUUGCACAGGAGUCUGAUUGUGACAACCCAAGCUAGUGCUUGUAACUCAGUUAGUGACUGUAAAAUAAUGAAAUGUACCUAUUGAAAUAAUCACUCAUUAUAUUAUUACCAAGACUACUUUUUCCCUGAUCAUUAUUAAUACAAAUAAACUGAUUUCAUAUUUACAGCUCUACAUCACCUUGUACUUCCAAAAUAGUGAUGAAAAACCAAACACAAGGCAACAAAGCCAGACUGCAUAAUAUUUCAUGCAGGUUAAGAGUGAUUAGUACAUUGACAUUACUUUGUUUAUAUUGACAAGCAUCUUUGCAUUACUCUGUAUACUUGUCUUGUGCAAUUUUAAUAAACUUCUUUAAUCUAA